AUGGCCGACCAACAGCCCCUCGACGCGUCCAAAUUGACUUGCACAUACACCAGCAACCCUCAAGAGGUUCCAAGCAAAGCUGCUCUCCGCAAUGGCAGUGAAACUAUAUGCACGGACCACAUGAUUACUGCCUCUUGGAAGGCUGGCGCUGGUUGGUCUGCGCCUGAAUUGAAGCCUUUCGGCCCCUUGGGCCUCCUGCCAAGCGCAUCAUGCCUACAUUACGCCUACGAAUGCUUUGAGGGCCUGAAAGCUUACCGGGGAGAAGAUGGAAAGCUCCGGAUGUUUCGUACUGAUCGCAAUACUCGUCGGUUUCUGAUGUCUGCUGGGCGUAUCUCUCUGCCUCAAUUCGACCCAGAUGAGCUGGAAAAGCUCAUUCACAAACUCGUGUCGGUCGAGGGCUCAAAAUGGCUCCCUCAAGACCGCGCCGGCGAUUUUUUGUACGUGCGACCGACAAUGAUCGGCACAGACUCACAGCUUGGUGUGACAACACCAAGAGAAGCUUUGCUGUAUAUCAUCAUUGGUUACACGCCUCGUGUUGAUACCCCAGUGGGCGGGAAACGCUUGCUGACUUCGCCGGAUGAUAUGGUCCGGUCAUGGGUUGGAGGAUUCGGCUACGCCAAAGUUGGAGCCAACUACGGCCCGUCAGUCUUGGCCAAUCAAGAAGCUAUACGUCAGGGAUAUCACCAAAUCCUUUGGUUGUAUGGCACAGAGGGAUUUUGCACUGAGGCCGGGGGUAGCAACUUCUUUGUUCUAUGGAAGCGCAAGGACGGGAAGAAAGAGCUUAUGACUGCUCCGUUAGAUGACCAGCUGAUCUUGGAUGGAGUUACUCGCCGAAGUUGUAUUGAAUUGGCAAGAGAGCGCUUGAAGGACGAGAUUGAGGUCACCGAGCGGAAGUUCACAAUUGAGGACCUGCAAGAAGCGGCUGCUGAGAAUCGACUGAUUGAAUCUUUUGCUGCUGGUACAGCUGUAAGUUUUGACACCUCCAGCGGGAUGAUACUUGAUGCUGACGAUUCGAAGUGGUUUAUUACUCCUAUUUCACAGAUCCACCACCGUGGAAAGGACAUCAAUAUCCCAACUGGUCCUGAUGGUCGCCCCGCAGAAAUCACCGGAAAGAUCAAGGGGUGGCUGGGAGACAUGAUGUACGGACGUGCUCAGCAUGAGUGGGUAACUGAGAUCCCUGAAAAGUCAUAA